AGCACUGUGCGUUAUGAUAAAUCAAUUUGUUUUUUGGUUCAGUAAUCUCUCACAGGCUAUGAGUGCCUAAUCGGAAAUAUUUUUCGCGGAGCUAUAUAUCAGUAGAUGACAAAUUAUUAAAUUGGCAUUUCCAUUUGUGUUAAAAAGAAGACAAAAUGCAAUUAUUAAUCUGUUAUUAAAUAUUUACUGGUGGAACACUACUUCUGAAAAAGCAAUUCUUAAAAACCAAAAUCAUGGCAGAUGUAACUGUAAUAAAAGAGAAAAAGGUUGGAUUUAUUGGUGGAGGUAAUAUGGCUCAGGCGAUAGGAUUUGGACUUGUAAAAAAAGGUGUUUUAAAGUCACAAAAUAUAUGGGUAUCCUGUCGUACUGAACAAUCAUUAAGUAUUUGGAAAAGUUUUGGUAUUCAUACCACUUUAAAAAAUCAUGAAGUUAUAAAAAAUUGUGAUAUUAUAUUCUUAUCUAUAAAGCCACACAUACUAGAUGAAGCAUUAGCAACUUGUAAAAAUUCAAUCUAUAAAUUUGAAGGAAAGUUAUAUGUAUCAGUCAUUGUUGGAGUUUCAUUGGAUGCUUUAGACAGUAAACUUCAGUCUAUUGACUCUGCUCCACGAAUAAUAAGAUCAAUGCCCAAUACUCCAAUGAUGGUAGCUGAAGGAAUAACUGUUUACUGCAGUUUGAGGACUACAGAGGAAGAUGAAUUUAUUAUUUCUACAUUAUUCUCUCAGCUGGGCAUUUGUGAAAAAAUUGGUGAGGGGUUUAUAACUAGUGCUGGUGGUCUGUCAGGAUGUGGGCCAGCUUAUGCUUACUUAAUAAUAGAAGGUCUUGCUGAUGGAGCUGUUAGAAAAGGGGUUCCACGUGCAUCAGCUCUAAGAUUUGCCGCACAGGUUCUAAUUGGUGCAGGAAAAAUGGUUUUGGAAACUGGUAAACACCCAGGUCAGUUAAAAGAUGAGGUAACAUCACCUAACGGAUCUACCAUCUGUGGAAUACAUGAAUUAGAAAAGGGUGGUGUCAGGGCCUCCAUGAUGAAUGCCGUAGAAGCAGCGGUGAAGAGAUCUGACGAAAUAGCCGAUAUCAUGAAUAAAAAAUAAUGAAUUUCAAUAUUCGCAUUCAAAAGCGCAAACAAUAUCAAAGCAACAAUGUUAUUGAAUACCUUACAAGUAUUUAAAUAUUAACGAAUAUGUUUAUAUACAGCAGUCAACAGAAGUCUCGACAAUACCGCGAAGGGGCAACGAAUAAGACAAAUGAAUUUUCUAACAAAGCCAGCGAACAUUUCAGUGUACAUCCCGUGCUUGGCAUAUUCAAUCCAUCAACCUCUUGUUCGCUCGAGCCCGCACGCGUCAUGUGCGCGGGAAAAAUUAAUUUUCUCCGCUAGGAUCAUUGAAUGAGUUGAUCGAUUUACGAGGUCGUCGAAAAGUGGCCAGCUCACUCCACCGCGCACAGCCAGCGGAGUGGGGCAAUUAUCGCGUUGUUAAAAUCCAAUAUGUACAUUAUAGGAGAGGAUGGCAUGAGGCACGCGCACGUCGGUCGUCGCCGAGCCUUUGGGCCGUCAUGCAUCGGCGAGUAGACGUAUAGCGCAGCGCUAACCGAAGCAACAGAUGACACGCGCGCAAUAGAGGGAGAAAAAGAGACCCCUCAUUAAGAGGCGUGCCAGCGGCGAUAUGACUCGUGCCAUGUGGCGAUUUCUCACUUUUUCGACGGCGACGACGAGGACGACGCGCGACCCCUCUCUGUCUGCGCUAAAUGCAACCCCGUCUCACUGCCUCUAUAUUUAUGUACAGCUAUAUCCGCUAUACCGCAGAGUGCACCCUCUGUUGUAUUCUCGGCAUUUCACUUUUCGAGAUAUGUUAUAACGGGCCCACCGAUACAAUGCCGCUGCGUGCUGUCCUCUCGCUUCUUUCUUUUACGAUGCACCGUACAUGUUUGCUUUAUCCGCGCCGGUCGUUAUGGUAUCUGCCCUUUUCCACUUUCUUUUAUUGCUGAGCCGGGGAAGAGCAAAUGGAAAUUGACGCACGGUGAUGUCCUUUCAAAGUUAAUUGCGCUUCGAUAGCUAAUGGAUUCAUAAAUCGAAAACGUGGAGUAUCAAUUUACUUUAAUGGCAUUUCAAGAUUAAAGUUUUAUCGUUUGCCGCUCGCACUAGAGUGCCAGUAGUAACAGUUAUAUACUUAUUUUUGAUAGCUUUGUCCGUACAUUUUCAUUGGAAAAUCGUUUUACAUAUUGACCGCAUUAGAAUAAGUCAAGACGAAUCGCAAAUAUGUACUUGAAGUACAGUAAUGGUAGGGCAGUUUAGAAGCAUCCCUUCUUGUAAUUAUAAUUUCGGACCUUGAAUCUAAAUUCAAAUUGCGUUUGAUUAUUAUCAAAUCGUGAACUACAGAAAUUCCUGUGGGAAGGCCCCCUAACUGAAAGUCGGCUAAUUAUCACAGCUCGAAGUCCCCAUCAUUCCACACCGCCCAACAGUAAAAAGUAGCCUCCCGUACUGCCAUGGAGAAAGCCACUGGACAGCGGCUCGUCGUCUGAUAUAUGGUAUAAAGCGAGCGUGCCGCUCUCUCUCUCUCUCUCUCUCUCUUUUCUUGGGCAUUUGUUGCUGGGGGGAUGGACUUUUUUUGCGUUUGGCCACGCGCCGGCCACGCGUGGCCGAAUGCGAGAGUGAGAGGCGCGAUACUCAUCUCGCGUACAGUCGUACGCGCGUGUACACGCAGUGCGAGACAGUUGUGCGCGCCAGGGUGUGCAAUCGUCCAACCCAACUCUGCGUGACGGCACGCGAUCGCGCGCGCAUGCAUAUGCAUGUGCAUGUGCGCGCUCCACGGAAUUCUAGGAGCUAGUGAAACCAUAAUAGCUUUGAUAUGGAAGCGCGCGAGCGACCGAUCGAGAUCUCAACCGUCGCGUGAACUUGAUUAUAUUCGACUCUCCGAGCGCUUAUUGUUUGUCACGGUUCGUAGUUCAUUGAAUUAGUAAUGCUCUCUUUUUACGUAAAAUCAGUCAGUUUAUUGUCUUAUAUAUAAUACGCUCUGGUGCGUAUCGAGGUUAUUUUCAGUUAGCAGCAUAUCUUGAAACAGCACACAUCAAAUUUCAGCCAGAUCGGUCUAUCACUUUCUGUUUAAUUUCAUUUUGUUGAAUCAAAGUGGUUUCCAAAUUUUCGGAGCGGCCAUAUGAACACAUAAAAGACGCUGAACGUUCUGGACGUCCCGUUGAGGUCGCCCCACUCCAGAAUUCAUUAAUAAAAUCCAUGAUAUGGUGAUGGCUGACAAAAGAGUGAAGGUGCGUGAGAUUGCUAGUGCUGUAGGUAUCUCAAGCAAACAAGUACAUAAUAUUUUGCACCAACAUUUGAACGUGAAAAAGCUAUCCGCUAAAUGCAACCCCGUAAGUAGGUGUCGCAGUUGCUCACGAUUGACCAAAAAUGAGAUCGUGUGAAGUGUUACAAGAAUGGUUUGCAGCUGUUCCAGCGAAAUUCGUAGGACUUUAAGCAUCGUUUCAUCUCUAUGGAUAGAAUAUGCACUGCAACAAAAAAGGCAAAAACCAUUCCUUCAGCCGGGAAGAUUAUGGCGAUUGUCUUUUGGAAUUUACAAGGAAUAAUCUUCAUCGGCUAUCUAGAAAAGGGUAAAACCAUUACUGUUGAAUAUUAUUUAUUGUUAUUCGAUCAUUUGAAAACCGAAUCGCAAGAAAAUCGUCCUUGAUUGGCCCACAAAAAAGUCAUCUUCCAUCACGAUAACACAUCAGUUCACACCUCAGCAGUUGUGGACGCAGAACUGAUGGAAAUAAGGUUCCAACUCAGUGCACCCCUCCCCCCUACUCUCCAGACUUAGUUUCGUCGGACUAAUAUUUGUUCCCUAAUGUAAAAAAAAUAACUGGCGGGGAAAAGAUUUUAUUCAAACGAGGUGAUUGCAAGUACGAAUACCUAUUUUAGACUUGGACAAAUCCGGU